AUGGGCGGUUCAACUGGUUGUUUCCGAUCUCGUUUACCUCCGUCAUUGACAACAAAAGAUAUUCAUNAUUUCGAAACGGUCAUUGAACCUCUCAAUAGUGUCUAUCAUGAAAUGCUCAACAAUAGUGUCAUGAGACCGUUGGGAUUUGAAAUUUCUCAAGAGACUACGAGUCAAAUCAACACAAAUCUAAAACAACUGUCCGAUAAAUUACCUCAAAUGCCGAUGAAUACCGGACUAGAUUCAAGCGACGAAGAAGAACACAAACGUGACUUGAGUGCAGUUUAUGAAGAAUCUUCCAGCUCUACGAUUACAAAUUCUGUAUCGGAUAUAUCAGAGGCAGAUGAAACAAGAGAUCCGUAUGCGCCAACUGAACCCAUCGAUUGCUCACCCUUAUCGACUACGUACAGUGUACACAUACAAUCUUUUUCGUACAGUAGCGAUUCGAAAGAAUAUCAAGAAGCUGCAGAACGAGCCAAAUCUAAGUUUUAUACCUGUCUACAAGAUCCACCUGCGAGAAGACCGUCCUAUGCAACGUUUAUGCGUGUUACUAAAGCAAUUCAUAUAGAUGAUCAAUACACUGACGAACAAAUCCGACGAUGUAAUUAUGUACCAGAAUGUGUUCAAAAGCUUUGGAUCACAUACGAGUUCUCAAAAGCAUAA